ACUUCCGGCGUGUCAGGCCCUCAUCCUCUACCGGCGGCGAGAGAUGGCCCCGACCCCCCCCACCGAGCAGCUGCGGGGCCAGUACGCUGCGGGCUGCAUCUCGGUGCUGGUGCUGGUCUUCGGGAUACCGCUAUGGUGGAGGACGACGGAGACGUACCGCGCCACGCUGCCGUACUCCCGGAUCAGCACGCUCGACCUGCUCCUGCUGGACAUGAGCGUGCCGGUGCAGGUGGUCUUCACAAAGGGGACGCUGACACCGGAGCAACACAGGAAGCUGCUGCCACAGACGCUCUUCAGCCAGAGAGAGAAACAGCUGACACAUAAAACGGGGUUCAAGUACAGGUUCGAGGAGAUGUUGAGAGCCGUCACUGUUACAGAGCAGGAAGCCAUCGACAGCCAAACUGUGGAAGAGGCGGGAGCAGCACUGGAGCGACUCUCUCCCGGCGUUCCGGGCUCGGUGACGGUCUACGUGAUCCCCAAGGAUUCCCAGCUGCUGCCGGCGGAAGCGACGGUGCACGUGGGGAAGCACCGGGCGGCGUUCCUGCGCUCCCCCCUCACCCGCUCCCACCUGCCCGAGGAGGCGCUGCGCGACGUGGGGUCCGCCGUGCGGCAGGUUCUCGGGACCAUGUCCUUCACCGAGGACUCGGUGAUGGCGGCUUUGUCGGAUCGCGUCCCCCCGGGGACCUUCAGCUCUGAGACCCUGACCGACAGUAUGAGGGCUCUGAAAUCCAGCCUGGGAUAUGAGAUCACCUUCAGUUUACUGAACCCUGAUCCCAGGUCUCACCACAUUUGCUGGGACAUCGAGCGAGGCCUGAGGGACUACGUGCAGCCCUUCCUGGACAAGCUCGCCUUCGUCGCCAAUUUCUCCGUCAGCUCCCAGGUGCUGUACUAUGUUGUUCUGGGAGUUACUCCCCGCUAUGACAAGGCAUCUUCCAGCUUCACCCUCACGGAGGACAGUCUGCCCCAUGUCAUCAACCCGGUGGAGGCCAAACUCGGCUCCAGUGUUACCUCGUCGUAUCCAGUUCUAAACUUCCUUCUCUACGUGCCUGAAUACUCUCACUCUCCUCUCUACAUCCGGGACAGCCGUGGGGAGCCUGUCGAGACCAACGCGUUCCACAGCUCCCGAUGGGGAGGCAUCAUGGUUUACAAUGUGGGUGAGAAGCCGCAGAACGAGACGGUGCUGCCGGUUACGGCUGACGUGGACAUGGAGCGGGUGAUGGAGGUUUUCCUGGCUCAGCUCCGCUUGCUGCUGGGGUUACAGACGCUGCUCCCUCCCCCGGGGUUCACCCUCGAGAGCCCCGGUAACUCCGCUCUGACCGACUGGGAGCUGGACCGGCUGCUGUGGAUGAGGACGGUGGAGAACAUCGCCACAGCCACCAACACCCUGACCUCCCUCGCUCAGCUCCUGGAUGAGAUCGGCAACAUAGUCAUCAACGACCACAUCGCCGCUCAGGUGUACCGGGCGGUGGACUGUGUGGAGGAGUCUCUUCGGGAGCUGGAGGCGGGGAGGUUGGCACCCGCGUUCCAGGCCAGUAAAGAGGCCGUCAUGUCCUCGGAGACGGCCUUCUUCGACCCCUCGCUCCUCCACCUCCUGUAUUUCCCCGACGACCAGAAGUUUGCCAUCUACAUCCCACUCUUCCUGCCCAUGGGAGUUCCCAUCCUCCUCUCGCUGCUCAAGAUCAGCAAGAAGCUCAAACAGAGGGACAAGAAGGAGUAACCUUGAGGGUGGGGCUUGGGGGAGGGAUUGACCACAGACUGGGGGAGAGGUGGUGGGGAGAGAAGGGGAGAUGGGAGACAUACACUGAAGACAAGAAGCAUCUCAAGUCCAGGUUUGCCGGAGCCCGAGGCGCACAGAUUUUUUUUUUGGUAUUUUUCUAUUUUUCGGUUCCAUUAAUUUAUUGUGUUUUUCCUACGGUUGCUUCUCUCAGGAACCAAGUGAGCUUCUCUCUGAGGCGUCCCGAAAGACGUGAUAAGGCGCCGUGUCAAAUUCAAGGAUUACUAUUAUUAUUUGUUUGCAAAGCAAUAAAAUGCGAAACACU